UACUGUCACUCCGCCCACCCAGCUCUCUCAGAGAUGCCAGUGGACGAAUAAGUUGGAUGGAGUUAUGAGGCUGUUUGAUGGAGGCCGUGAUAAACUCGGCUGGUUUUGCUCGGUGAGACAGCGCCCAGCGGGUGUGGCUCAGCCCCAGGCUCAGUGAGGUCUGUAGGAUUCAGGCAAAACUGCAGCGAGAGUUGUGAACAAGGAAGGGAAAUCGAAUCGGAAAGUGGGAGUGGAAAGGGAAUUUUUUUAAAAAUGGGCAAGGAAACGGGGACAAUGGAGAGCGGGGUGAAGUUUGAAGAUGACGAAUUUUUACAACCGAUCAGAGUGCUUCCUCACCGGGAAGAAACGGUGCCCGAGGAGAGGGAGCACCACAAGCGAGAUCCCUACGGUAUAAACAGUCAUGUGAAGGUUUGUUUCGAAGAUGUGAUCGCGGAACCUGUCGCGACCCAAAGUUUCGACGGAGUCUGGAUUUGCAGCCACGUCUCGUUUGAGUUCACUAAGUUCGUGCUGUACAAAGUGCUCACUCUGGUUUUCGCCAUCCCCCUGGCCUUCGUCAUUGGCAUUCUUUUUGCAGUCUUCAGUUACAUCCACAUUUGGAUUCUUAUGCCCAUCGUGAAGACCUUUAUGAUGAUCCUGCCCUCCUGUAAAACCAUUUGGAAGACUGUCAUGGACAUGUUUUUUUCUCCUCUGUAUCAGAGUAUGGGACGCUGCUUCUCUGCAAUUAAUUUGCGCUUCACUCGAGGUUAAGGAAAUAGGAAAAAGAUGAUUGGUAAUCAAAGAGGACAGCCAUUACACAAAAGGAUUUCUUCCAGAUCUUAAGAAAAAAGACUAACAUUUGCUAUUCUUCUAUUUUUCAUUCCAAAUACACUUCUUCAGAAAGCACCUGACAUUUUUUUAAAAAGUAUUAUACGUACUUUUGCAAAUAGUUCUUUUAGAAAUAAGCAUACUGCAUAAUUGAAAUUUUAUGUUAUGCACCAGUAUGCACAUUGUCUCUGGUAAUAAUUAAGUAAGGUUUUACAAAGAUAUUUUGUUGUGCAAUAAUUCAUUUUUGUAUUAUAUAUCAAGAAAUGCUCAUAUGCCGUCAAUACGGUGUUGUUAAAGCAAAAUCUGAUCAUUAAAAAGGAAAAAGCUCGAAACUUUGAGGUUUGUAAAUAGGUUUGUUCACUAUUUUAAUUAGUUGAAGAUAUUGUUAGGCAAAGCUAGAUAAGUAUUAUUUUUGCAAUGGCUUUAGGAUCAAUAAUAACUGUGCAUAUUCUGUUUUGUUUGCAAAAUAAUAAGAUUUGCGUAAUAAAUCAUAUAUAACUUAUAGUAUAUUGUACAUGUUCAAAAUACUCUCCCAGACCUAAUCAAUAUGACUAGGGACUUGUAUAGUUCAUAUACUUACUCACGAGCUUGGUGUGUUGCUUGUAUAUCCAUUUUAUAGAUGCACGCUUACCUAUUGCACUUGUCUGUACUAAGCUACAUUAGCUUAUCAUCCCUUGAUACAUUAAGUAUAAAACUUUGCUUUCAUCUUCAAGUUAAAAUCAUUACUUUCAUCUUCAAAUCCUUCCACAGUCUCUCCUACUUUAUUUCCACCUUCCUUCAGCUUUAGAUUUACACAUUCAUUCUUCAGUCUUCCAAGUGUCUUUUUUGUUGCACUUCUGAAAAUCCAGUCACUGCUCCUAAUGUUUUCCUUGAUGGUUUUCAUCCUUCACUUAUUUAGUCCCAUUUACUAUUCUUUGUCUUUAAGUUACAUAUAGGAUUUUUAUUACACAAAGAACAAUAAUCUGGUUAAGAUGUUUGAGUCUAAUAUUCACUGAGUUUAGAUAAAGAAGAGUGACCUUUGUGAAAAAUAAGAGAUUCUGAGAGGUCUUAAUGGGGUAGACAGUGACAGGAUGUUUGCCCUCAGGGAAUCUAUAAGUAGGAACCUCAGUUUGAAAAUAAGGGGUCUCAUUUUUAUGGUACAGUUGAGGCUGAACUUCCUCCCUCAGAAGGUUAUUAGUGCUCGGAAUUCUUUUCCAUAGAGCAGUGAAGUCUGGCUAAUUGAAUAUACUCAAAGCUGAACUGGACAUUUUUUUUGACAAGGGUGUCAAUACUUAUGGAUGCUAACAGGAAAGUGGAGUUAAGGAUACAAUCAGAUCAAACAUUAUCUUAUUGAUUAAUAGACCAAAUUUGAGGGCCCCAAUAAUGUACUUCCACUCCUAUUUCCUCAUAUUCUUAUGUAAGUUGUGAUUGAAUAUCCAAUAGUAACAACUUUAAUUGAAAGAUUGGGAAGCAAAACAAUUCCAACUGCUUAUGCUUAAAUGAUUAGAUUUACUUUAAUUUUACCAUAUCAAAUGGAUACAAAUCUUCAAAAUCAGAAUACAUAUGCACACUUCUUUGUUACAAUGCUGUAUAUUGUACCUUUAUAGACCAAUAUUAUGCUACUGUAAUAACAAUUAAUGAUGAUGAAGUGUUGAUUAUCUUCAAGAUAUUGUAUUCUCAGCACUUGAAAAGAUUAUGCACUGCACGUAUGUAAUGGAUUCUAUAUUUAUCUAUCUUAUGUUUGUACAUCAGUGGAAUAUCUAUGUCAGUACUUUAAAAAGUUGAGCCCUGUGGACAUAUUGUACCUUCUUCAGAUCUAUUUUGUGAUACCAUUUUAAAGUUACAAAUUAAAACAACUGGGUGGCAUCA